GCGGCUAAACGCAUGAUGCGCCCUGGACGCGAGCGAACCCGGUCACGCUGACCUUAGCUCCCCGCUUGAAGGUCGGAUUCUAUUUCUUCUCAGAUAUUCAGAUGAUUCCGAAACAGCCAUAACCCCCCUCCUCGAGUACGAUGCGACGCGACAAUGAUGGAACACUACCGGUUGGACACGUUCCGAGCCGCACUUGGCCAAGCAAAUCAAUGGGACUGGUUAUCUCGUGCAAACAUGAGGGAUGGAUCGUGGGUGGGUUCGACGCGCAAGACGAAAGAGGAAGGCCCGUGGUAACGACAGCAUUCGUCGUCAAUGGCGCAGGCAGACACUGCAGAUGGUACAUCGAUCAUAAACAACUUUGGUUUGAUCCUGAUCUCGCUGCAAGUUCUGGCUGUGAAUGCCCGGCUAGCUCUACUUCAAAAAACGAAUUAUCGUGCAGAUAUGGUUGCACAGUGCUGUGGCAAGGUGUUCGAGAUGAACAUGGGGUCGAUGUUCGAGAUUAGCAGAACUCGCAACCUCCCAUGCGACCCCAGAACCCGCACAUGCGCCCUACAGCGCUGGGUUUCACCCAUCGAUGGCGAGAAAACUGGGAAUCUCGAGCCACGCGCGCAUUCGGUGCAGGAUUGAGAGUGGGAGGUUCACAAAUCGACAGAUCGCGGACCGUCACAAAUGCAGCACCGACGCCGUCAAGGCUAUGAAACAUUCGUGACCAUGGCACCACCACCAAACCAGGUCGUCGUGGCGGGCGACCCUCAUCGAUCACUCCUGCGAUGCGGGCCGCCCCUCGCCCAUCUCGAUGCGCAUCUGGAGCUGUACCUGGAAGAGAUGGUGGAUUACCUCGGGGAGGAGUUUGGAGUUUCUGUCACUAAAUCGAGCGUCAGCAGGGCAUUACACUCCGAAGGGCAGUCGAAGAAGAAGUUCCGCCGCAAGGCCGCGAAGCAAAACCCCGACCUGAUCGAUUACUAUCCCCCCCCCCC